AUGGCCCGAGUCGCUCAGUUCGUGGUUUCAGGCCUUUUGGCCGUCACAAUGGCCAACGGUCAAUCCUUUGAUGGGUCUGGCCGAAGUGAAGAUGCCUUCAGCUAUGUACAGCCUAAAAACACAACUAUUCUGGGUUCUUAUGGACACUCCCCUGCCGUCCUGCCUUCACCAAAUGCCACCGGUUCAGGCGACUGGGAUGCAGCCUAUGCCAAAGCCCAAAAUUUCGUGGCCAAGCUGACCAUUGAUGAGAAGGCCGACAUGGUCACCGGCCAGCCGGGUCCGUGUGUGGGAAACAUCGUCGCUAUUCCCCGACUCGGCUUCCCUGGUCUUUGCUUGCAGGAUGGACCCCUGUCAAUCCGUGUUGCCGACUAUGCCAGCGUCUUCGCUGCUGGUGUCACCGUGGCAUCCACGUGGGACAGGGACCUCCUCUAUGAACGAGGAUACGCCAUGGGCCAGGAGUUCAAGGCCAAGGGCGCUCACAUCGCGCUCAGUCCUGUUGCCGGUCCACUCGGCCGCUCUGCUUACGCAGGCCGAAACUGGGAAGGCUUUGCUGCUGAUCCUUACUUGACCGGUGUUGCUAUGGAGAAGACUAUCCGCGGCCACCAGGAUGCAGGCGUGCAAGCUACCGCUAAACACUUCAUCGGCAAUGAGCAGGAGACUCAGCGUAAUCCUACCUAUGACUCCAACGGAACCCUCACCGAUGUUAUCCAAGAAGCAGUCUCCUCUAAUAUUGAUGACCGCACCAUGCACGAACUGUACCUUUGGCCCUUUGCCAAUGCUGUUCGUGCUCAGGCCGCCAGCUUCAUGUGCUCUUACCAACGUCUUAAUGGUUCUUAUGCAUGCGAGAACUCGAAGGCGCUCAACGGCUUGCUCAAGGAAGAGCUUGGCUUCCAGGGCUACGUCAUGUCCGACUGGGGUGGCACUCACUCCGGUGUUGCCUCUAUCGAAGGCGGUCUCGAUAUGAACAUGCCCGGUGGUCUCGGUGCCUAUGGCAUGGUCCCCGAAGCUGGCUCUUUCUUCGGCAAGAACGUGACAUAUGCUGUCAACAAUGGCACUGUGGAUGAAUCUCGCGUUGAUGAUAUGAUCGUUCGUAUUAUGACCCCCUACUACUGGCUCGGUCAGGAUAAGAGCUAUCCCAAGAUUGACCCUUCAUCUGCGGAUCUGAACACCUUCUCACCUCGCUCAACCUGGUUGCGCGAGUUUAACCUUACUGGCACGCGAAGCCGUGAUGUCCGCGGCAACCAUGCCAAGCUCAUCCGGAAGCUCGCAGCUGAGGCUACCAUCUUGCUAAAGAAUGAGAAGCAGGCCCUCCCCUUGAAGGCUCCUAAGAACAUUGCUAUUUUUGGCAACGAUGCCGGCGCAAACACGAAUGGUCCCGUUAACCAGGAAACCUUCGAGUACGGCAACCUUGCUUCAGGUGGUGGUUCGGGAACUGGCCGCUUUACCUAUCUCGUCACCCCUAUGGAGGCCAUCAAGGCCCGCGCUAAGAAAGACAACGCUCUUGUCCAAUACUUCUUGAACAACACCCAGAUUGCGACCGAGAGCGUCACCGACCUCUGGGUCCCGACCACCCCCGACGCAUGCCUCGUUUUCCUAAAGACGUGGGCCGAAGAGGGUGCCGACCGUGAACAUCUUACAGUCGACUACAACGGCAACGACGUGGUUACCUCCGUUGCGAAGUCGUGCAACAACACAAUCGUCAUCACCCACUCCUCCGGCAUCAACAUUCUCCCAUUCGCCAAUCACCCCAACGUGACCGCCAUCCUCGCUGCCCACUACCCAGGCCAAGAAGCUGGUAACUCCAUCGUUGAUGUUCUCUAUGGCGACGUCAACCCCUCCGGCCACCUCCCCUACACAAUCGCGAAGAACUCAACUGACUACAACGCACCACCGACCACCGCCGUCUCCACCAAGGGCGCCGACGAUUGGCAAUCUUGGUUCGACGAGAAGCUUGAAAUCGACUACCGUUACUUCGACGCGCAGAACAUCUCCGUGCAAUAUGAAUUCGGCUUCGGUCUCUCAUAUACAACCUUCAACAUCUCCGACCUAUCCGCAGAAGCAUUAUCUGACUCCAUCACUGCUAUCCCAGAAGACCGGCCAAUCCAACCUGGUGGAAACCCCGCCCUCUGGGAAACACUUUACAACGUCACCGCCUCGGUCACUAACUCCGGCCGUGUCGAGGGCGCAACAGUUCCCCAGCUGUACGUUACUUUCCCGGACAGCACGCCUGAGGGAACACCGCCCAAGCAGCUGCGUGGAUUCGAGAAGGUCUCUCUGGAUGCUGGCGAGUCGCGCACUGUUGCCUUUGAGCUUAUGCGCAGAGAUUUGAGUUACUGGGAUGUUGUUUCUCAGAAGUGGAUCAUUCCUGAGGGUGAAUUUGUGGUUCGCGUUGGUUUCAGUAGUAGGGAUUUGAGGGAGGUUGCUAAGAUUACGCCUGUUUCUGCUUAG